GCCCGGGGCUCUCUGGGCCGCGCCUGAGGCGGAGGCAACGGGGCCGGGGGGCGGCGGCAGUAGUGGCGGCAGCGGCGUCGGUGUGCGCCGCGGCUGGCCCGGGUGGAUGGAGUUGGAGGGGCGGAGUGCAGGCGGUGUGGCGGGGGGGCCGGCGGCUGGGCCCGGGCGGAGCCCCGGGGAGUCUGCACUGCUGGACGGGUGGCUGCAGCGGGGCGUGGGACGGGGGGCCGGCGGUGGGGAGGCCGGGGCCUGCAGGCCCCCAGUACGGCAGGAUCCGGACUCCGGCCCGGACUACGAGGCGCUGCCGGCUGGAGCCACUGUCACCACGCACAUGGUGGCGGGCGCCGUGGCAGGGAUCCUGGAGCAUUGCGUGAUGUACCCCAUCGACUGCGUCAAGACCCGGAUGCAGAGUCUACAGCCUGACCCAGCUGCCCGUUAUCGCAAUGUGUUGGAGGCCCUCAGGAGGAUUAUAAGAACGGAGGGCCUCUGGAGGCCCAUGCGGGGGCUGAACGUCACAGCAACAGGCGCAGGCCCUGCUCACGCCCUCUAUUUUGCCUGCUACGAAAAGUUGAAAAAGACAUUGAGUGAUAUAAUCCAUCCAGGGGGCAAUAGCCAUAUUGCCAAUGGUGCAGCCGGGUGUGUGGCAACAUUACUUCAUGAUGCAGCCAUGAAUCCGGUGGAAGUGGUCAAGCAGAGGAUGCAGAUGUACAACUCACCAUACCACCGGGUGACAGACUGUGUACGGGCAGUGUGGCAAAAUGAAGGGGCUGGAGCCUUUUACCGCAGCUACACCACCCAGCUAGCCAUGAACGUUCCCUUCCAAGCCAUCCACUUCAUGACCUAUGAAUUCCUGCAGGAGCACUUUAACCCCCAGAGACGGUACAACCCCAGCUCCCAUGUCCUUUCCGGAGCCUGUGCAGGAGCUGUAGCUGCCGCUGCCACAACCCCACUGGACGUUUGCAAAACACUGCUCAACACCCAGGAAUCCCUGGCUUUGAACUCAAACAUUACAGGACAUAUCACAGGCAUGGCUAGUGCCUUCAGGACGGUAUAUCAAGUAGGCGGGGUGACCGCAUACUUCCGAGGGGUGCAGGCACGAGUAAUUUACCAGAUCCCCUCCACGGCCAUCGCAUGGUCUGUGUAUGAGUUCUUCAAAUACCUGAUCACUAAACGGCAAGAAGAGUGGAGAGCCGGCAAGUGAAGGAGCACUGUGUGCAGCCAGGGGUAGACAGCACUGCUGCGGCCUGCCCCCUCCAGCCGUGUUCUGCCUCCUGGCACACUCCAGCCUUGAGUGGAGUUGGGAGGAAGGGAGAGGGCUCUCCCUGGGCUCUCAGUGUUGUGGCUAACACCAGUUCCCGCCAGCCUUGUUGCCUCACCACCUCUCCUCCCAGGCCUUGGGCGAGGGGUGCAGCAGAGCACCCCUCAGCACUUCUGUCAACCUCCGUCAUGGGCCUGGUGACCCGCUCUAGACUGUUAUAGAGGGCUAAGCAGCACAUUCCCCUGGUUCCUAAUAAAAAGCCUUUAAAUGAAA